GAUUUAUUAUCUUCAUAUCUACAAAGUUCUGACCUCUCUCGACUUUUUCUUGGAUUGAGUUGCUUGCAGGCUUCGGGGUCUGGUUGAGGUUCAAUCUCGGAAUCUCCAUCGUAGCCGUGUUUGAAGUUUUCCAGUUCAAAGGUUCAGUUGCUCCAAUGGCUUCCAGUUCGACGAAGGAUGUUGCUGCUGACGAGAAGACAGCACCGUCAGAUAGCAAAAAUACCAAAAGUGAAACAUCUGCUGCAGAGCAGCAGCCAGAUAAUCCAAAAUCUCCCUCAGCCUCACCUCAUGGAGGGGAGUUUCCUCCAAAUCCUUUUGACUUCUCAGCAAUGACUGGUUUGCUUAACGAUCCUAGCAUUCAAGAAUUAGCUUCUCAAAUAGCAAAAGAUCCUGCAUUCAACCAGAUGGCGUCUCAACUUCAGAAGACUUUUCAAGGUGCUUCUGCUCAACCGGGUAUUCCUCAGUUUGAUACACAACAGUACUAUUCUACCAUGCAGCAGGUCAUGCAGAAUCCUCAAUUUAUGACAAUGGCUGAGCGCCUUGGCAAUGCACUAAUGCAGGAUCCAUCUAUGUCUAGCAUGCUGGAAACUUUUGCAAAUCCAUCAAAUAAGGACCAGCUUGAGGAACGCAUGGCACAAAUCAAGGAAGAUCCAACUUUGAAGCCUAUUUUAGAUGAAAUAGAGACUGGUGGUCCAGCUGCCAUGAUGAGGUACUGGAAUGACAGAGAUGUCUUGAAAAAAUUGGGCGAAGCAAUGGGUUUUGCAGUUCAUGGAGAUGCUGCAAAUGCUGAAAGUUCGGUUGCAGAUGAUUCAGAAGAAGUGGGAAAUGAUGAUGAAUCUUUAGUUCAUCAAACUGCUAGUGUUGGUGAUGCCGAGGGCUUAAAAAAUGCACUAGCAGCUGGUGGGAACAAGGACGAAGAAGAUUCAGAGGGAAGGACCGCAUUGCAUUUUGCAUGUGGGUAUGGCGAGGUGAAAUGCGCUCAGAUCCUUCUUGAAGCUGGAGUGAAGGUGGAUGCACUGGAUAAGAAUAAGAACACUGCACUUCAUUAUGCAGCUGGUUAUGGCAGGAAGGAGUGUGUUGCACUAUUACUUGAGAAUGGCGCUGCAGUCACUCUCCAAAACCUGGAUGGAAAGACUCCCAUAGACGUAGCCAAGCUAAACAACCAACAUGAGGUGCUAAAAUUGCUCGAGAAGGAUGUUUUCCUGUAAACUUUGAAGCCACCGGAAAUAUUUCCUGCCACAGUUCAAGCACGCCACGGGCUUUCGAGUGUUGCUAGAUUUUCUACCUUCGAAACAGUUACGACUUACUUUAAAUAAUGUGAUUUUUAUUAGAAUGCUACAGUCAGUGAGACAAAAUUGUUCUAUUAUGAGGUGUAGAGUGUGAGCCUUUUGUUAUUCGCAUUGUGCCUGGGAUCAUGUACUGUCUUGCUACUUGACAAAGAGUAUCCUAUGUUCAAUUCUUUCUCUUGUUUUAAUAAUAUCCAAAGUCAAAUUUG